GUCAACCAAAGGUAAAGAGGCAUUUGUGUGGUGCUAUAUGAGAAGAUUUUAACGUUAGUGCGUCGCCACAACAUAUCUCUAUGUGUGUCCGUCCAUAUCCUGUGUUAGUUGAGCUCUGUGUACUGUAGUUUAGGGUUAGCCGCAUGCUGUGACUGGUCCUGUCGUCGAGCCGCAGCUACAAUGUUGCCCUCCGCCUGUACCGCGGUCCGGUCUGCUGUCAGGCUGCUGCCACGGACAAGCUGGAGUCAAGGAUGUGUGUCAUGCCCUUGCAGAAACAUUUCUGUGAAACCAGGAGGUUUGAAACCAAAGGCCCUUCCUCCUCGGUACCUGGGCCAGCCCAGCCCUUUCUCUCACCCACACAUCAUCAAAUAUGGUGAGGUGACCCCAGGCUUGAGCCAGACAGAAUAUGAGUUCCGCAGACACAGACUGGCAUCACUUAUCGAGGCCCAGCAAGACAGACUGGGACCCUCUGCCUCCUCUGGCAACCACGUGGUCAUUGUUUUGUCCCAUCCGACCCGCUACAUGACCAAUGACAUCCCUUAUCCCUUCCACCAGAACCAGGAUUUCCUCUACCUCAGUGGCAUGUUAGAGCCCGACAGUGCCUUGGUUCUUUAUGGGAAAGGGCGACCAGACCAGUCCAUCUUGUUCGUCCCCCGCAGAGACCCAGGGAGAGAGCUGUGGGACGGGCCCCGCUCAGGGAAGGAUGGGGCGGCCGCUUUGACCGGCAUUGAGAGAGUUCAUAGCACAGAAGAACUGGGUGUUGUGCUCAAGAGCCUUAAAGGCACUCUGUUGUGGUACGACACUUCUCAACCAGCCCACCCUCGGCUUCACCAGGCGCAUGUGGCUCCCGUGCUAGAGGCAGGGCCAAUUGCGCAUUCUCUCAGACCCCUCUUACACUCUCUCAGGGCCAUCAAGAGCUCAGCAGAGGUGGCACUCAUGCAGGAAGCAGGUCGCAUCACUGCACAGGCUUUCAGGAGGACGAUGGCUCUGUCUUGUGGAGACGUGGAUGAAGCUGUGCUCUUUGCUAAGUUUGAUUUUGAGAAUCGGAUCCAUGGCGCCAACUUCCUGGCUUAUCCGCCUGUGGUUGCUGGAGGAAAUCGAGCCAAUACUCUGCACUACAUAAACAACAACCAGAUUAUCAAGGAUGGAGAAAUGGUGCUGCUCGAUGGCGGUUGUGAAUACUUCGGUUAUGUCAGUGAUGUCACACGAACAUGGCCAGUGAAUGGAAAGUUCAGCCCUGCCCAGGCCGAGCUGUACGAGGCUGUCCUGGAGGUCCAGCGCUCCUGUUUGUCUCUGUGUUCCCCAGGCGUCAGUCUAGAUCACAUCUACAGCACAAUGCUGGCUCUGCUGGGACGACAGCUCAGGCAGCUAGGUAUCAUCAAGGCCAGUACCAGUGAUGCUGAUGUUCUGAAGGCUGCGCGGCGGUACUGCCCACAUCACGUUGGUCAUUACCUGGGCAUGGAUGUCCAUGACACUCCUGAGCUGUCCCGCUCACAGCCUCUACAGCCGGGAAUGGCCAUCACCAUAGAACCAGGGUUGUACAUCAGCGAGGACAACGAUCAGGCCCCAGAACGUUUCCGCGGCCUGGGUAUCAGGAUUGAGGAUGACGUGGUGAUCCAAGACAAGGGAGGCCCUCUGAUUCUGUCGUCUGAUGCACCGAAGACCAUCGCUGACGUAGAGCAGGCCUGCGCCCAGAGAUAGGGCAGGGAGAGACAGACAAGUGACCAAGUGAGCCACAGCAGUCGAUGGCAGGCAGUGUGCUGUGAUUUUCAACUGUCUCCACGGUGAUCACGUCAUCAGGCUCAGGGCCCAGGUACAUGAAAGGUGGGAGCACACUGUGGUUUGCAAGACUGUGGUUUUAGUCUCAGCAAAGCCGCGAAAAAUGUAGAAACGUGGUGUGGAGGAUCAUUGAUUUUUGUGGACGAUGAUCUGCCUAAGUAUUCAAAGCAACACAGGGGAUUCAUGUUUUGUUGGCAAGUUCUCCCACACCACUGUCUUCAGUAAAAUUAGCUGUUGUCAACAUGUUACUGAACAAGAUGCUGCACCCAUUACACUUAUCAAUCCUGCAGAAGACUGUAAGUUCCAAAGCAGAAAACCAAACAUGAUGUUGUUUCCAUAUAUCUACAGUAAACGUGGAUUUAGUUACAGUGUUAUAGUCUACGUAGUGGUCGUGUACUACAUUGUUAUGUCAGGUACAGCGAUGCCAAUACAUCCAUCAAGUAUUGCAAUGGUGCUAUCAGCAGGUUAAAUAUGAUGCCUGAACUCUAAAUUAAAACCUAGAAACAUCUGUUAACCUUUCUCAUCAAGACUGAACCCAGUGUUAACCAUGCCAGCAUUUUUUUUGUGACAGACUGAUGAACCAAUCGCAAAAAAAUGUCAGCUUCUUUAAAUCAAUUUACUCCACACCAUGUUGUUCAGUAUGACCACCAUCAUGGCUCACCAAGAUAUGGUGCUAUGUUUAUUGUCUCACUCAAAUAACUUGUAAACCCUACAUACACACGCUUAAUUUCUCUCUUACACACAAAAAUACACAGUUGCUAUCAUUCAACUCGUGCCGCAAUACACAGGAUCUAAACAUGUUGAACAUUCAUUCACUGUGUUGUUUGAAUGCUCAGAAAUUACAUGUUUAUGCUCACAAGUAAUGAAUAAAGAGGACUCUGUCCCAAGGAGGUGCUCCUGAUAAAUCUGGAAUGAUAACGAUUAUACAAAUGCACUGAAAUCAUUUCAGAAGUAUACAUUUAUAAGAGAUUGUAUGUGUGUGUUCUCCUUUAAAGAAAAUUGUGUAUAUGUAUUAAAAAGAUCUCUAUUCUUUCAUAACUAAUAAAUUAUUUUGGUUUGAUGCAACUUACUUAUGACGACAUGAUGGGAAAAAUGAUGAUGGUGAUAAUAAUAGUGGCUGCAUUGAAAUUAGAUUUGAACAGGAUGGAAAGUUCCCCUCAGUUUUUUGGAGAUGAAGAUGGACCAAGACAA